AUGAUGAGUUCAAAGGUGAAAAACAGGGUUGGAGGCCAGAAAGAUGGCACUAAUGUUUUCACACCAAAGUUUAGGAUAAGCCAUGGAAAGAUGAAGAUCACGAAAGAGAGAACGAAACCAAGAGAUGGCAACAUCAGUAUAUGCCAAUUGUCGGUACUCAACUUCAGUGCUAGAACGAGAUACACCACCUUGUUUCUUGGAACUUCAAGCAACCAAAUUGGAUCCAAUAUAAACACAAUAACCACCGACAAAGCAACGGUCAUCCUGGUCACUAGCAUAAUCAACGUAUGA